AUGAAGCUCGUCAGGUUUUUGAUGAAAUGUGCCAAUGAGACGGUCACCAUAGAAUUAAAGAAUGGCACGAUCGUCCACGGCACCAUCAUGUCCGUCUCACCGCAAAUGAACACGGCCCUCCGAAACGUACGCAUGACCGCCAAGGGCCAGGACCCCAUCUCUCUCGAUACAAUGAACAUUCGCGGCAGCACGAUCCGCUACUUCAUCCUCCCCGACUCGCUGCCUCUCGACACUCUACUCAUCGACGACGCGCCAAAGCCGAAGAACAAGGCCCGAAAAGAAGUGGCGGAUCGUGGCGGAAGGGGGCGCGGGCGCGGUCGCGGUGGUGGCAGGGGAAGGGGACGUGGUUUCCGUGGGCGGGGUUGA